AUGCCUCCACGUCACCGUCCCAAGCUAUCUCUCUGGGCUCGUUUUCGAACAUGGCUUCGCUACGCCCACUCACCCCUCCAACUACGCGGUAGUCUCGUCCGACUCAGCCAUCAGCACAAGUACCCAUUGCUCACGCUCCUGCGCAUGUUCAUCCCCUAUCCGUCCUGGUUCUUCCCAGUUCCCGGUCCAUUUUCUCCCCGCGCGCUUAUUGAAGAUACGAAGAAUAAGACGGGUAUAAUCACAUCUCAUUUUGGCGAUAUCCAUAAUCUCCGCGCUAUUCCUAUCUGGCGUAUGCGUGACACGCCCAUACGAUCGAUCUACCGGCUGUAUGAGCUCCACCUUGCUGAUCAUUACGCGAUGAUGGGAUGGGAGACGGAAUAUUUCUUUUAUCGGCGAGAUUGGAAGCUAGGAGAUAUACCAGACUCGAGAGAUCCUGACCCGCUUCGCUACGCAAUUGUCGCUUCUAUUGUUGAUGAAUUACACGAGGCGGUUAAUUGGAGACUGAGUCUUGGUCUACGGAGAAAUCGAGAGCAUGUUUAUCGCGAAGAAGAUGGAGACCCGUGGCCGCCCUUCACUCCGGAGAAACUGCCUGAUUGGACAAAGAAGGUCGCUCCUAUCGAUAAGGAUCUGCUAAGGCUGUCGGUGCCACCAGAAUCACUAGAUAUGGAGGGGAAUCUAGUGCUCGAAGCUAAUGGUAAAAGUCCCAAUUUUGCCCGACGCAAUAUUAUCACGAACACAGGUUGGCUCUAUACUAUCUAG